AUGAGUGCCCUAUACAGGCCAUCGGCAAUGUAUACAAUACAGGCCGCUAUGGCCCAGCUUUUACCAGCCGAACGACAAGCUUGUGAAGGUAGAGAGUUAUUAUCGCUCAACGCCGCUAUCAGCCGAACGCUUCUCACUAUCGAACCGGCGUGUCACCUAGCUUGCGAACUACGCAGGAUGCAGAUAAACAUCCGUCAUCAUAUUCUUGCCGCUCUUGUUGAAGAGGGAACAUCAGAUACAGCUCAACGACCGAGUCAACAUGAAACGUCUUUUGAGUAUAGGUUGCCUCAUCCCGACACCAUCCUUGAAAGCGUCGAGCAAGAACUACACUGCAACCUUGAUAGACUGUCCUCGCCUACAAUUGGUGGUACACCUGACGAGAGCCCUGAGCGAAGGAGAUGCCCAACUGCAGCAAUCAUGACUAGGGCAGACGAACCGCCCAUGGCAAAGAAGCGACCCGCGGACAACGAAUUCGACUCUGUCACCAAGCGCCCCAAAACAUGGCUUAGUGCAAUCACGAGAGGGCUUUUCACUUGA